UCUUUCGCUCAGUCUCUGCCCUCUUCAGCCCAUUCUAGCUUUCUGCUCUCCACCCUGUGGUUGUGUGUGUGGAUUUUUUCGGGGUGAGUGAUGUGUUGUUCGGUGGGUUUUGCCAGGUCUCUGGGCCUGGCUCUGUUGCCUCUGGCCCUUUGUUGUAUUGUGGCAAACCUCAUGCUGCUCUUUCCUAUGGGAGAAAUCACCUACAUCCAGCAGGACCGCCUGGCCAGCUACAUCUGGUACUUUGGUGGACUAGGAGGUGGAGGGCUGAUGAUGCUGGUUCCUGCUGUAGUCUUCAUCACCCUGGGGAAAUGUAGUUGCUGCUGGAAUGAGAGCUUAAUGAUGUGUGGGUCAGUGUUGGCAGCUGUGGUCGGCCUGGUGGGGUCUGCCUACUGCUUCAUUGUAUCGGGGUAUGCACUGUUGCAGGGCCCGCAGUGCUUCACCUCAUUUGGAUGGACAUACCCCUUUGCAAACCAUGGGGGCAGAUAUCUUUUGCAGCCAGAGACGUGGGCACGGUGCCUUCAGCCAGCUAACAUUGUAGAGUGGAACAUCACUCUGCUGUGUGUCUUACUGGGCCUGGCAGUGCUCGAGUUCAUCAUCUGUCUCUUACAGCUGGGAAAUGGUUUAGUCAACGCUGUCUGUCGGCCCUGCUGCUACAAGCAGGAGUACAGUCUUAAUGCUUAGACUCACCUGCACAGACACACUACACAUGGAUGCAGACACAUCAUAACACACACAGACAUACACACAACAGGUAUCUGGACAUACAGUAUAGUAAUGGACACAAGAACAAAAGGAAGUCUCUACACGUAACCUCAUUGCCCCACUGUGUGUGUGUGUGUGUGUGUGUGUGUGUGUGUGUGUGUGUGUGUGUGUGUGUGUGUGUGUGUGUAUGUGUGUGUAUGAGUAUAGCACCACAUCUCCUGUCAGCCAGGUUAGAUUUGUAAUUACUGUAUUUUUAAGGUGAGGAUAUGUCCACAAUAUAGUUGUGUAUGAGUUUUUUAUUCCACAAUUAGGACAUUGUAACUUACUAUAAAAGGAGCCAACAUGUACAGAUAAUAAGAGAAGUUUGGAGCAUUUGGUUUCAAUGAAGUACCAUCUGCACAGGUUUGCUCAUUUUCCUUAUUUUAGUUUGUAUACAACACAACUGUGUUACCAUUUUAAAAGCGUGAACAGAACUACAUUGAUGACGGAGUAAUCAGUAUCAAAUCAGCAGCCUGGUAUUGUUUGAUAAUGUGGAAUUUGCCUUCUUGUCUGUUUUUUCUGAAUGCGCCAUCUUGCCUAAAAUUAAGCACAGUGAAGUGCUCAUUAUGUCUAGUUUUUACACACAACAUGAACCAAGUGUGUGUAUAUGCUCUGUUUUCAUUUUCAGCAUAUUUUGUUGUAAAUUGUUUUCUUAAUGUUUCUCAGAUGCUAGUUCAGUGUAUGUAUAUAUUUUAGUGGCAUAUUUUUAUAAUGAAUGUUUUCUUUGUGCUGCUUUGAAUAAAAAAAAGAACAAUUUGCAUUUUA